CAGUGGCUUGACGGUACUUUUAACCACCGUACGUACACUGAGCUGGAGCGAAGACUCGCUCGCACUUAUAUCCCCAAGUAAUACCACCCGGUGUUAUAUGUAAGCAUUAUUAAAAACAGUAGAAAAGCAUGUCUAUGUGUGUUUAGAAAGUUCGAAAUUCCCCUUGAAAAUUAGGUGUACGUGUGAUUUUUGUUCAGAGGGUAUCAUCAGAUGUUUAGAGAUGUUAAACCUGUCACCAUCGAGUUACCGCAACGUUGACGCGAGCGAACGGACGGUGAACACCAAGAAGGUGUACUCGCGGAGGCCGUGGUACGCCCCGCCUAUAGACCCUGCUGAGAUAUUGAGAUAUUCACCAGAUUACGAGUCAGACUACGACCCGGACGCAGUAGAAGAGCCGCGAGAGAAACAGAACGCCGACUACUAUGACCGGCCGCGGGAGUACGAAGACCCAGUGACGUCACAACACGUCGAAGGGCUUAGCCAGAUCGAGACAGCUCCACCCAAGAGCUUCGAACAGCCACCGACCACCGCGUCAGUGUCGGAGUUCUCCAUCGCGAAUGCUGUUAAUUUGAGAGAGGCGGUCCUGGUAGCAUUGGGCGGCGCGAGCGCAGCUCUAGUGUUGCUGAUCGUGAUGGCCGGCGUGUUCGUGGCGCGCAGGCGCAAGAACAGCCCCUCCCCCGUGCCCUCCCCUCCGAUAUUGGUGUACCCACCACAUGAUAUCUCCGCACCGUGUUAUAUGACAAAAGAGGUGAACUUUUCACUUCCGACGCUCCGUUCGUCAUCGCUCGGCGAACUUCGUGACGUAGUGAGCGUCAGCAGCCUUGGGAGUGACGUGCUAACCCCACCGGUGCCCACGCAACUGCGAUCCAACUCAUUCACGAAUACGGCAGACUUGGGAGUGCUGGAUCCUUCACUGUACAAGUCCGACUGUCUUGAUGAAGAUCUUAUGUGGCCAGAAGGGCAUGUGGGCCGAGUGUGGUUCACACUGAAAUACGAGGCGGGGACAGAAAGGCUACAGGUGCAUAUUAUAAAAGCGAAGCACCUUCCUUCACGCACCCCCGCACUGGCCAAUGCCUGCGACCCUUACAUCAAGAUCCAAUUGAUGCCAGACGAGAGGCGAGUGCUUCAGACAAAACAAAAGAAAAAGACUUGCAACCCAUUCUACGACGAGACGUUUGUUUACCAAAUCCCGCCCGGCAAGAUCGAGAGCCUGACACUGAAGCUAUCAGUACUGGAUAUAGGCAGGGUCGGGAAAGGCAAGCAACUCAUUGGCCACAUCAUCCUGCCUCUCACUGAACUGGACGGCGUUGCUCCCGAUGAGGAACCACAGUUGUACAAGCUUGAUAUUGAAAAGGAUCUGCAAGAACCCACGUCGGAUCUAGGUGAAAUUCUCGUCUCAUUACUGUAUAAUGAAAACCUUCAUAGACUUACAGUCACGGUCAUCGAGGCCCGAGGACUUAAGCUGGAUCCGUCAUCAAGCAAGAAAGAGAUGGUGGUACGUGUGACACAAGAGCGUGCGUGCCGAGGGGUGCGCGCGCGCCGCACCGCCGCCGUCGACGUGGCUGACGACGGCAGUGCUUUCGUCUCCGAGUGCUUCCAUUUCAGGCUGAGAGCUGAUGAGCUGCAUACCACCAGUGUUACAAUACAGGCCUUGCAGCCUCAUUCCGUGUAUGCCAAAGACCGAUUGCUCGGUAAGUUUGUAUUAGGAUCGUACAUGUUCGCAAGGGGCCGAGCCUUACAACACUGGAACUCGGCACUCGCCGCGCCCAUGGAACAAGUCAAACAAUGGCACCCGCUCACCAAUUAACGACAACCCGGCCAAACAACGUGCAACCGACGACCACCGACCCCACCUAGCGAAGAGUGUAUCUCAAAUCGGACGUAUUAUAUCAAACAGGAACGUAUCUAACAAGAUAUAGCUCCUAACAACUGAUUUAGUCGAAGUGUUUUUGUUUCCGCAAGUACGUUACGUACUUGUGUAUAAAUUAGGAUAGUUGUAAAAUAAGAAAUUGAGGAAGUAUUCUAUUUGAAUUGAAUAUCAUGAAAAUUUCCAAAUAUCUAAAAUGAAUUUAAUCAUAUUUUUGUAACUCCAAUUUACACUAUAUUCCAAGUAUUGUAUUGGACUAUCAUGUUUCUUAUCACGCCGAGUUACAUAGUAAAUAUAAUUUGCAUCAAUAUAAUGGAGUUCAAAUUCUCCUAUUGCGUCUUAAAAAGAAAGAUACUAUUCUAUUGUAAUUAAAGGUUUCAGAAUAUCAUAUCUCAAAUACUUUCACUCUAUCUAGAUACUUACUGAAAAACAAUUUAUUGCUCAUAGUUAAUAAUUUUAUGAAAUAAGUGUAUUGCAUAUUCAAAAUAUUUCAUUAAAACUACACCUUAUACUAUCAAUAACUUAUUUAUAACUAAAUGUUUAAUAAAUAUAAAAUAUUGCCAAUAUACACGUAUUGUAGUAGAAUAUAAUUUCAAAAAUGUGCAAAAUC